AUGGAACAUGCGACCCGGGUGCUCCCCCGCCAGAUCUGGGCGAAUCCCACGACGAGCUCGACGAGGACUUACUCCCCAGGAUGUACGCCGUUUGUCUUGCCUAGCGAUGGACUUGUCUACUAUAAUAAAUCAUUCGCUGUGACCCUUACCGAAAACGCGGUCUUCGAACCUCUCUGUACGGGUUCGCCAUCCGAUGAUAUCCACGUCUCCGCUGUUCUCGAUACCCGCGAUCCAUUUUACUCCUCUGUUACGCCACAGUUAUAUGCCAUCGGAUGCGCGACUGUUGUCAGUUAUCUCCUCGUCAUCAUCCUACUCAUCACCCCGCGAACAUUCUACGUUGGUGGGCCCGGCGGCGGCGCCAAUUUCCUCGGACGACAUGGAAUGAUCAGUGGUUCAUAUAGUGGGAAUUCGUCGGUCGUCGGAGUUGGAGGACGACCAUGGCUGCAAAAGGUGGCUGCGAUCUUAGUCGCGAUAUCACUAACCAUCGCCACGGUCGAUUCCUUCAAAGUGGCAGAACGACAGUACAAUUAUGGCUUUUCCGACGCCGAAGCGCUUUCCGAGGAAGUGAUUGACGGGUUGGAAAUACGAAUCGUCAGAGUAAUAUCCAGCACGUUCCUUUGGCUUGCGCAAGUCCAGACGUUGAUUCGAUUGUUUCCGCGACAUAAGGAGAAAGUCAUGAUCAAAUGGGCUGGAUUUGCGUUGAUUGUGCUGGAUACCACAUUCAGUAUAUUGGAGAACUUCUUGGUCAGGAGUUCGUCGACACGACCGCGGUUAUAUGAUGAUGCGAUUCCUGCUUUGUCUUAUUUGUUUGAGCUGUCGCUUAAUUUGCUCUAUGCUGCUUGGGUUAUUUUCUACUCGAUUUCCAAGCAUCGUUAUGCCUUCUUUCAUCCCAAGAUGAGGAAUAUAUGCUUGGUGGCUCUCCUUUCGCUCUGUGCUAUUCUCAUACCUGUGGUCUUCUUUGUUUUGGAUAUAUCCAGACCGGAGAUCGCUGGGUGGGGUACGUAUAUUCGAUGGGUUGGAUCCGCGGCAGCCAGUGUCGUGGUAUGGGAAUGGGUGGAACGAAUUGAGGCUUUGGAACGAGAUGAAACGAAAGAUGGAAUCUUGGGGCGAGAAGUAUUCGACGGGGAUGAGAUGCUCGAGGUUACGCCCUCCGAAGAAGUCGAUUGGCCACGAUAUUCGCACCAAGGACAUGAUCGAGGCGGCGGCGGUGGUGCAUCUUCUGGAUGGGGCGGCAUGAUGGGUCUAGCACAUCGACCCUUACGAGCUCGAGCUGGAAUUCCUCUUGUAAAUCGAAACAGAGGCGCCGGGGCACCAGCAAACAACCCCGCAGCUGGUAUGCCACCGAGGCAUCCAAACAACCGUCCUACACCACCUGCGGCGGCCAUUACACCGGUUAGCCGAGCCGAUACCACCAGUGCGGCGAGUACAGUAUACAAUGUUCGAUACCAUCCAGUGGCAAGUCCUACACCCCCUGUUGUGAUGCCAGGAAUGGACGAGGAGGAAGAACUGGAAGAAGCCAAGGAAUUGGAAGAAGGAAGACAAGCCCCCGACACGGCUCAUCAUGGUCUAUCGGCCGAACAAACGCGAGAGCAGUCGCCGCAAAUCGUCCAAGCAGACCCCCGAUGGCACGCUCUCCUCAAUCCCUUUAAAAGGCGACGGGCGUCACUCCCAAAAGAAGUCGCCUUUGCACAGGCUGGAGAAGAGCCUUCUGAACAUAACCCGUCUAUGUCAUUAAUGGGCGAUGAAACCGAAACAGAGACAUACUCAGCCCGCACUCGUGCGGAUAACUUCCUCUCUCUACACCGCAAACUAAGACCAGGAUCUGGCUCGCUCAAUGCCGAAAAUUCUCUCCCCGUGACUGUCAUCCCCGCCCGCCGCCGUGGCCAACACACAUGGUCACCCCAGAAUCGGCUUCUUGAGCCAUCUACACCCCGCGAUUUAUCAACCAGUCGACCCGAGCCUCCCCCUGGUCGAUCAACCCGACCAGAUCUACCAGUCCGGGUCAUCCCUUCGCAGCCACAGGCUUUUGCCCCAUGGACUGAGGCUGACGUGGAGCGAGGAGGCGGGGAUUAUGUCCUUCACUACGAUCCGGAAACCGCGGCUUUGGUCAACGCCGAUGUCAGCCUAUCUCACGACAACCAGGCUGCUACCUUCGACCAGCGCAGCUGGACGGAAACCACCUCUUCUGAAGAGAGGAAUGAGCCGACUGCACCGACUGCGCACUCCCACGUUGAAUCACAAACCCCACGGCCUUCAGACGCAGAGCACAGGCCGAACAGCACUGAUGUCUCAUGA